ACAACAAAUCAACCAAAGGAAUUUUGACGUAUUGAAUGAUAAACGACUACUUUCUGGUAGCAUGACUACUGUAUCAGUAAGGUCAGCUUUAGCUUGUGCAACCUUGUGUACCAGUGACCAAAGAUGUUGUUCCUUAAACUACGAAUAAGGAUCGAGGCUGUGUAGAUUGGAAACUAGUUGUAGUCCAGUAAUGGAACAGUUUCAAAAUUCAACAGUAAUGAUAAAAGUUAUCAAUUGGUUACCUGUCUUUGUUGCAUACAGCGGAAAUGAAAUGUCUGUUUACACAGCGUGGGCAAACCAGGAGGAAUGUAAUGACCUUCUAACACCACUGAAUGUAGCAGUAACUACACGACAUCUUAGAAAUCCACUUAUAGAUAGGUGGAGUGAUGUAAGAAUACGAAAGGUUAAAGUUGAACUGUUUAAGAAUAACACAGCAGUUGUAUGGAUGAUAUUCAACGGUGAGAAUACAAAUGAAGUAAACUGGUUCAUGAAAGAGAACCUACUGAGCAGCAGUUUUAACGAUCUGACAACAAGUUCUACAACUAUCUUCUUCGACAUAAAGGGUGACUGGGGUCUUGAAAGACAAUUUUUCAUCAAUCGUUACUAUGAUAGUUGUGUUACGGAUGGUGGAUGGUUUGUUGUGUGUGGGAAGAAACAAGCGUGUGCAUGGGAGAAGAAAGGAGUUUUCCCAGUUUUUCUUUAUACCAAAAAUGGCUUUAGCAGAACUUGGCAUACUUACUCCGCAGAACCAGCAGACAGGAUGGUUAUUUCAGUUGGAAUAUAGCUGAACAUAUUUGAUUUUUCGUAUCAUUUGUAAAUGUGAAAUAAAAAGUAAAAUCACA